UUGCCAGCAGCAGUCAGUCAGUCAGUCACACGGAGUCGAGUCACAUCUCUGAACCGUGGAGAUUCUCUUUCAGUCGCUUUGUGUAUUUACAGCCACUGCUGCGAAAAACGACUAGACAGAAUGGGCACGAACUGCUCUUCUCGAAUCACAGCCUUUUGGAGAUAAGAGGGCGGAAACGAGAGUAAAACAGACAGAAGAGAGAGGAAAAACAGACGAGGAACGCGAGAAGGCCGAACCCAUCGACGGAGCGCGAGAGCAGCCUAGUUUCUCACGCGACGGGCGCGCGGCGCUCCAGUGGAUUUGCGGCUCAAACCGACAAGGACGAAAACACGCCCUUUGCAAACCGUACAUGUGGAUUAUUCGCGGAAAUUUCUUAAUUUCUUUCUCCUCAGAAACUACAUAAAAGUCUGGUAACGAUAGAUCUUCACCUUCCACGGAGAGGUCGGUGACUGUGAGGACUCAACGCCACAUGAUGCACAGUGUUGGUGACAAGACAACACCCGUUUUUAGUGUGUAGAGGAAGUUGCAUCGUCAGCAUGUCCUCGCACCCUCAGCCAGUGCCUCAGGGUCGGAGGGCUGUGGACGCUCGUCACCUUCCCAGUUCUGCCACCCUUCCUCUGCAGCUGAGAGCCCAUACGGAUGUUGGUGGACUUGUGGACUACCAUCCUCAUGCUCGGAACUAUGGUUCCCAUUUGUCCCAUGGAUCCCUGGCCCAGCACCGUCGCAGGCCAUCCCUUCUGUCUGAAUUUCAACCAGGAAGUGAAAGAGGUCAAGAGCCCCACAUUCGAUAUGAACACAUUUACCUACAUGAUCCCAGCAGCCAUUCAGAAGUAGAGUACUCCGAGAUAAAGCGUUCUCGCUUGGACAUUGGGGCGGAUUCUCUUAUUCGUCACUCAACCCAUCGUCAGUCCCUCAAUGUGUGCGGAGCUGAGGAAAUGGCAAAGGAGCACAGCAGCGGUUCCAUUGGAAAGAUUGAGCCCAUCUCUCCUGUGAGCCCAGUGCCCAUGGAGCACGACCUUGACUUGGUUCCCUCUCGCCUCUCCAAAGAGGAGCUAAUCCAGAACAUGGACCGUGUGGAUCGGGAGAUCACCAUGGUGGAGCAGCAGAUCUGUAAACUGCGUAAAAAACAGCAACAGCUGGAGGAAGAAGCUGCGAAACCCCAGGAGCCAGAGCGCACCGUCUCACCUCCACCCAGUGAGGCCAAACACCGCAGCCUUGUCCAGAUCAUCUAUGAUGAAAACCGGAAAAAGGCAGAGGAGGCUCACCGGAUCCUGGAGGGACUCGGACCCCGAGUGGAGCUGCCUUUAUACAACCAGCCGUCUGAUACCAAGCAGUACCAUGAGAACAUCAAGAUAAAUCAGGCAAUGAGGAAGAAGCUCAUUCUGUAUUUCAAAAGAAGAAAUCAUGCUCGCAAACAGUGGGAACAGAAAUUCUGCCAGCGCUAUGACCAGCUAAUGGAGGCCUGGGAGAAGAAAGUUGAGCGCAUUGAGAAUAACCCACGCCGCAGAGCCAAAGAGAGCAAAGUGCGGGAGUAUUACGAAAAGCAGUUUCCUGAGAUCCGCAAACAGAGAGAACUGCAAGAGCGUAUGCAGAAUAGAGUGGCUCAGCGAGGUGGGGGUUUGGCCUCAGCAGCACGCAGCGAACAUGAGGUUUCUGAGAUCAUCGACGGCAUCUCCGAGCAAGAGAACUCAGAGAAGCAGAUGCGUCAGUUAGCUGUGAUUCCUCCCAUGCUGUUUGAUGCUGAGCAGCAGAGGAUCAAGUUUAUCAACAUGAAUGGGCUGAUGGACGAUCCCAUGAAGGUCUACAAAGACAGACAGGUCAUGAACAUGUGGAGUGAACAGGAGAAGGACACUUUCCGUGAGAAGUUUAUCCAGCACCCAAAAAACUUUGGCCUGAUAGCCUCCUUUCUGGAGAGAAAGACGGUGGCUGAGUGUGUCCUGUUCUACUACCUGACUAAGAAGAAUGAGAACUACAAGAACAUUGUUCGCAGGAGCUACCGUCGCCAAGGCAGGAACAAGAAUAACCAACAGGCACAGCAACAGGUGAACCGCAACAAUCAGGAGGAGAAAGACGAAAAAGAGAAAGAGAAGGAGGGAGACCGUGAGGAGGAGAAAGCAGAGGGAGAAGAGAAAGAGGAUGGCAUAAAAGAUGACACCUCUGGUGAGGACGGGGAGGAGAAAGAGCCUCCUGCAACUGCUAAAGGCCGGCGCACUGCAAACAGCCGAGGACACCGGAAAGGACGAGUCACUCGCUCCAUGACCAACGAGCAGGAAGAAAACACUUCACCGCUAAGCAGUGAGCUGGCAAACCUGGAGAUGAAUGAAAGUUCUCGUUGGACUGAAGAGGAGAUGGAGACGGCAAAGAAAGGUCUGCUCCAGUAUGGCAGAAAUUGGUCCGCAAUCGCCAAGAUGGUGGGCUCCAAAACAGUCUCCCAGUGCAAGAACUUUUACUUUAACUACAAGAAGAGACAGAAACUGGAUGAGAUUCUGCAACAGCAUAAAAUAAAAUCGGAGAAAGAGCGUAAAGCCAGACGUAAAGGUAAGGCUCUUCAGAACGAGGAGGCCAGCGCUCCAUCUGCUGAAGAGGAGAUGGAGGGAUCAGGAGUCAGCGGCAAUGAGGAGGAGGCUCAGGAGGAUGGAGAGGGUGGAGCUAAUAACAGCUCAGACACCGAGAGUCUCCCUUCCCCACGCUCCUCAGAUGACAGCAAGGUCAAAGAAGAAGGCUCAGCAUGGCCCAAAACUGCACCCAAUGCCACUUCCUCCUCAUCCUCAACGGACAAGGACAUGGCAGCAAUGGAGACGGGGCCGGAAGAAAAGCCAAAAGUAAACAAAGGAGAAGGGGAGCAGGGAGCAGUGAAGCAGGAAGUAAAGACGGAACCGGGCGAGUGUGGUAAGGAGGCAACAGGAGAAGAUAAGAAGCCUCCUGCCUUCGAGGUGGAGGAGAGAAAGAAAGAGGUCAAAAAGAAAGAGCAUGGAGGAAAGAGCGGAGCUCAAGACAGUGACUCCAGCGCCACAUGCAGUGCCGAUGAGGUAGAGGAGACGGAAACCUCAGACAAGAACAGGCCAAGUUUGUUGAAUUUCGCUCAUGAUGGAGUGAUCACUUCUCCAGUUCAGAAACCACUGGACCUCAAACAGCUCAAGCAGAGAGCAGCUGCUAUUCCUCCCAUAAUGCCAGAGAUGUCGGUAGCAGGACAUGAUAACCGGCCCGGGUUGCAGGGGAAGCAGCAGGGUAUGCCCCACGCUCUUGCAUUGUACCAGCAGCAGAUUACCAUGGCACAUGAAUCUUCCCAGGAGGCCAAACAGCAACAAUCACAGCAAACCAAAUCUCAACAUAACACAGGAGGCGGAGACUCCAGCAGCCCACGGGUCAGGACUCGCAGCCCUGGUGUCUCUGACAGAGAGAGGGAAGAGCUGGAGGGGAACGAGAGAUGGCUUCAGGCUCUGCUACAUGGAUUACAUAAAUCUCGAGCAUUCUCUCCUCUUGCGGAUGGUAAAAAGAUUCCUGGGGCUGAUGAUGUUCGGGCUUUAGGUCUAGGCCGACCAGUGAUGUCACCAUACCAGCUCUCGCCCAGAGACAUGGCCAAAUUCAGCCAUGAACAGCUGCUACACUAUAAUCCUUCAUUGGCUCCACAGGAGAGAAUGGCUGCAGUGCGGCCUCUCCAAAUCCCAGAACCCCCUCCUCUCAUCUCCUCUGCCAAACCUGGUGGUUCCAUCACACAGGGUACUCCAGUGCAAUUGCACAACCCAUCUCAUGGCUCUGACCAUGGAAAAAUCCCAGCCCCAGGAUCUCUGGCUCUCUCCUGGAUAGACCAGAGGAAAAUGGGAGGGUUUCCGGUGGUUAAACAGGAGCAGUUGUCUCCACGCGGGCCCACCACCUCUCAGGCUGAGAAUCUCUCCUCACAGGACUGCGCUACGUCACGGGGCCCCAUGCCAGCUGUUCAGGGCGGCAGCAUCACGAAGGGCAUCCCUGGCAUGCGUGUGCACCAAGAACCUUCCGUAUCAUAUCGAGGAGGUUCUAUCACUCAGGGCACUCCUGCAGAUGUCUUGUAUAAGGGCACAAUAACCCGUCUGAUCACUGAGGACAGCCCCAGCAGAGAGAGAAGCAGAGAAGACACUCCUUCUAAGGGGACCUUAGUCUACGAGGGCGUCAGUGGACACAUCCUUUCCUUUGACCGUAAGUGUUCACAAACAUGCAAAUGCUCAGAACCUAAUAAAGGUAGAAAUUUUCUCUUACUCUUGUUUGUUUUUGAACACACAGGGGGUCCAAAUUCUAAGGAGGAGGCUCGUGGGGACAUGGCUGGGCUGAAGAGGACCUAUGACAUGAUGGAAGUUGGCAUUCCUCGUGUUCCACCCAUCAGAGACUCAAUAUCUGCAGCUGAAGGCUUGAUUGGUCGAGCAAUGCCUCACGAACGCGAUAGUCCUCAUCUGCACCACAUCCGUGGAUCCAUAUCCCAAGGAAUCCCACGGGAUGACUGUCAGCGCCGGGAGGUUAAACAGAUGAAAAGAGAGGGUUCCCCAUCACCCCGUGGCCCCGGUCAUCCCACUGACACUCCUAAAUCACGCUCUCACGAGAGUAUGGUGAACACCGUCAAAGAGGGAGGACGCUCCAUCCACCUGAUCCCUCCUGAGGGGGUUGUGAUAGGCAAGCCCAAGGAGGGCUCAAUCACCCAGGGCACCCCUAUGAAACAAGAGCCUGUUGGUUCAUCUAAGCGCCAUGAUGUGCGGUCCAUCAUCGCCAGCUCUCCUCGGCCUUACUCUGGAAUGUCCUCUAAUCUAGAGCUUAGGCCCGAGCACAGAGGGUCCGACAGGGCCCGCUAUGAGGAGGUAGGGAGCAAAUCCCGACCCAGCGCUGUGGUCAGCACCCCCAGCUCUCUGUCCCGUACCUCUCCAUUGACACUCAUUGGAGAGCAGAGCAGCAGACCCCACCACAGUCCAGUGGGCUAUGAAGAUCACAAAAGAUCCGGCUACCCUCCACCCUCACACAGAGCCUCUCCACUGUCCGGGAGAGAAACCUCACAGCGUACACAUGAAGGCACUAGUAAGGCCCAGCAGCAGGAGAGAAAAUCCACUCCCACCCCUCGAGAGAUGAGCUCCACUAAGUCUCCAAUGGCAGUUGGUGAGCACACUGCAUCUUUGGCUUACGAGAGGAUCCUGCAGGGGCUGGGAGCUGAGAUGUUUCGCCAGAUACCUCUACAAUUUGACCCUGCAACUCUUCCCAGGGGAAUCCCCAUUGACCCAGCGUAUUACUUGCCUCGUCACCUGGCCCCUGCCCCUGGCUACCCUCACCACUACCCACCCUACCUGAUCAGAAGUUUCCCUGAAACAGCAGCACUGGAGAACAGACAAACACUCUUCAACGACUACAUUACCUCCCAGCAGAUGCACCAGUGGCCAGCCACUGCUGCUGCCAUGGCUGCCCAGAGGCCUGACCUGCUCAGAGGCCUAACGCCUCGAGAGCAGUCCCUUAACUUAGCCUACUCACCCACACCCAGAGGAACAUCUGCAUCUCCCAUGGAUCGUAUCACGUACAUCCACAGCGGAGCCUACAGCACCUCUCCCAUCUCACCAGUGGGAGCCUCUCACAUGAGUAAGAUCCAAGGCAGUUCGACAUCCUCAGAGAGAGAAAGAGAACGGGAGAGGGAGAGAGAAAGAGAGCGGGAUCGUGAGAGAGACCGAGAGCGAGAGAGGGACAGGGAACGUGACCGAGAGAGAGAGCGUGAGAAAGAUCGGGACCGAGAAAGAGACAAGUCCCUUGGUCAUGGUAACGUGGAACAUGCCCCUAUAUGGAGACCAGGAGCACCUGAACAGAUGGGUGGCAGCAGCAGUUCUCGUCCCCCAUCUCAUCCAUACAGUCACCAGUCAUCUCCGCACUCCCCCCGUCCCCAGGACUGCCUGCAGCAGAGACCCAGUGUUUUACACAACACCAACUCAAAGAGCCUGCCUAGUUCUGAGCACAAUAGUCCCUCUGUGCUACGGCAACCAGGCUCUGCUCGCUACCAGGGCUUCAGUGGGCACCUUCGGUCUGGUCUAGCCAAUGAGGGUUACCAAUCUGGUACAGACUCAAAUGCUAAAGACUUAAGCAGAGAUGGCAUCAAGAGUCAUGGGCGUGGAGGUAUGCCCAAACAUCAGGACCUUUCAUCCUCUUCCAAGCCUGACCCCAAGCUGGCCAGCCCCGGUGCCAGUGUUUCAUACCCAUCUACUUACAGCCAGGCCUCUGGUGCCCACCUUGGUCUGCCCACAAGUCGAGGGCACCCCUUCUUGGCUUCUGAAAGCAACAGCAGCAGCAGUUCCAUCCCGUCCCGUGGUGGGGAUGGCAUCAGCAGCGCGUCAAGUAGGGAAAAGACUCAAAACAAAGUGAUGUCCAUACAGGAACACGAACUUCGAGCACUCGCUCACCAAAAGGCACUUGAACAGCUGUACGGGUCUGAGGAUAGACUUUCUCCAGGCCAGCAGCCGCCGUCUACCGUCAAAGGCUCUCAGAGAGUGGUCACCCUCGCCCAGCACAUCAGUGAGGUGAUCACUAAAGACUACACACGACAGUCGCAGCAAGGCCAGAUAGGUGGUCAAUCAUCUCUACAGCCUGUGUUUGGGUAUCACAACUCACCUGUGCUGGAUCUCACCCGUCCUCCCAGCGCCCCCCAAGCCCAGACCCCAACAGACCCCAACGCCCGCUACACCCCAGAAGGCACUGCUGCUGAGAGGGAGAGAGGGAGAGACAGGUCUCCUCCUCAGAAUAAGGCCUCUCCAGUGAGUCUGGGCGCCGAUGGAAUUGAACCUGUUUCACCACCAGGGGCCAUUUCAGAGCCGGAGAUGCCAGGAGCCGCCUACCCUAAUGAACAAGCAGAGCAGGGUAUGGGAUCUCGUUCUCCGGCCAGUAGCUCUCAACCCCCAGCCUUCUUCAGUAAACUGACUGAGAGCAACUCCGCCAUUGUCAAGAGCAAGAAGGAAAUGAUUAAAAAGAUGGUGGUCGGCACAGAGGCUGAAUUUAACCAGGGCCAACCUGGGACAGAAAUCUUUAAUAUGCCUGCCUCUACAAAUGCAGCACCCGUGAGCGUGCGCAGUCACCCAGCACCAGAGGCCGGUGGUAAUACUAUAGGUUUGGAGGCCAUCAUCAGGAAAGCCCUCAUGGGCAAUUAUAAUGAACAGCCGGACGAUCGCUCACCGUCCAACUCUGUUGGACCGUCAGCUUCAGCGGAUGGGCGUUCUGAAGACCCCUACUCCCUGCCAGUCAAAUCCAAAGGAGGGCGCUCUAACGGUCGCAAGACUAAGUCUCCUGGUCUGUCCGGAGGAGAGAGACCUUCAUCUGUGUCCUCUGUCCACUCUGAGGGAGACUGUAACCGUCACACCCCACUCACCAACAGAGUGUGGGAGGACAGACCCUCAUCCACAGGCCCCACUCCAUUCCCCUGCAAUCCCCUGACCAUGCAGAUGCGUCUCCCCAGCGGGAUGAUGUCGGGACCCUCACCUUCCCCUACACAGCAGGGCGCGUCUGCACCCCCACAGGGCCAGACUCAACCCCGCACCUGGGAGGAAGAACCCAAACCUCUGCUGUGCUCUCAAUACGAGACCCUGUCAGACAGCGAGUGAACACACACCUCACGCCACGUACACUAGGACUGAACGUUUGCUGCUUAUGAACAAAGACUUGUUACUGUAAACAGGGAUGUUCGUGAACACGCACGUACUCAUGUCCAUGCUGACACACACUUACGGGAACACCUCAAGUGCACACACUCAACGCCAUUAGUGGAAGUGCAUUAAAUGGCUACAGACGCGUGUGGUGUCAGUGUGCUUGUGAAUGCACACACAUGUGCAUCACUCCAGGACUACUUGUAGGAUGAAUCACUUUUUAGGUUUUUUUUUAUAUGAAUAUAUAUAUAUAUAUAUAUAUAUAUAUAUAUAUAUAUAUAUAUAUAUAUAUAUAUAUAUAUAUAUAUAUAUAUAUAUAUAUAUAUACUUCUAUUUGUGUCGUCUUGCAAGCCUUAUCAGAGUUGACUCAUGGACUCAUCUGUUUUGUUGACGUGUUUUGGAGCAUUCCUCAUUAGACUGCUCAGGACACACCUUUAUACUGUAAUACAACUGCAAAUUGGUUGUUUUGUGUGUGUGGUGUAAUGCUAAGGCUGAAUGAAUCCUCUGCAGAAAUUAGCACUCACCCACCCACACACACACACACACACACACGUGCGUACGCCCUCUGUGUUCUCAUGUGCAUCUGCAGUCCUUCAUGAUGCUUCACGUGUUGCCAAGAUGACCCUGUUGUUUUUUUACGGAUCUGAUGCUGUUGGGCCUUCCGGGUAUGCGUGUGAUGAGACAAGAUCCCUGCACUAAACUCUCCUGGUUUUGAAGCAGAUUUCAUUUCAUCCUGUAACAUUCUGUCCUGACCGUGCUACUUCCGAGAGUUUACAUGGGCGGCCAAACCAUUGGUUUACAGGGUACACAUAAUGUUCAUUAGUUGAAAUUAAACCUUCAUUUUUUUAUUUUUUUUUACGUGAGUUUUGACACUCAGAAGCGGCACUAGCUGACCAAUAAUACAUUGUCUUUUCAGUCAUCUCUGUGAUAGUUAAUGGGAGAUAUUUUUAGUUUUGAACUUUUUUAUUUUUAUGUACAUGAACCUUGUUUGCAUGUUUAGUUUUUUUUUGUAAUGAGUUAAGCACUUAGUCGUCAAAUAGUUCCUGUCUGCGUCCUUCAAUAGAUGCCGGCCUGAUUGCAACUUUUUACACAGCGUUUAUUUUUGUUUACUUUCUUAUACAGUAUUUUGUUGAUUUGUUUCGUCAACUACCUAGUCAAGUGUUCCACUCUCUAGCGACAAUCAGUGGCAGAGAGUUGAGCGAGUGGACACGUCUUUAGGGGAAGCUGCUUUAUCAGGUCUGAACGUCCCAGCAGACCUGAUGUUUUUCAUGUCAUCUGUUUGUUGAAGAGUUGAAGCCAUGCUGUCAGGCCAGUCCUUUGACAUCACACUCACUGAGAGCUGCUUUACUUUUGCUCUCUGUGCUUGAAAGAAUGGUUCGGGAUGUUUUCUUUUUCUGUGGGCUCAUUUAAGGAGAUGAUAUAUCCUGCAUAAUGAAAUAAAGAGGUGAGCAGAUGCCACACCUCAUAUAACCUGUAGUCCUUCACUCUGUACAGUUUUAAAGAUCAUUUUAGUGUUAAGUGCCAUGUAUUUGACAUAUACAUUUCUGAAGUUAAAACUACCAAGUGACUACGCACAAUGUGUUUUUUUUUUUUUCUCUCUCCUUGCUAUGUCAGGGUUGUACAAUUUGUCACGCAGGCACAAUUUAAAACCGUGAAAAGAACAUUUACGAUUUCAAUCUCCUCUCCAAAAUGCCUCUUUUUCGGACCACCUCGGCGGUGUGGUUACUAAUUUUUUUGCAUGCAUAUUAGGUAUAAUGAAACAUUUUAAUCCGUAUUGUUUGAGUUUUAUUGGUCACAUGGUUUUACUAUGAAAGGCAUCUUUAACCAUUCAGACUGCAAUACUCAAUGUCAUCUCCAGACUUUGGAGAAAAACUUUUGGAAGCUAAUUUAAGGAUGAAACUUAAAGUUCAGCAGUGGGUUUUAUCCGGUUUGGGAGCUAUUGUUGUUGCUUUGGUGAUCGAGGACAGAUUUAGUGCACUACCUAGUGUGGUUUUGUAAAAUGGGGCUUUAUCUUCAGUCUCUUCAAUUCCAAAUACACUCUCAUCAAGAUCCCUGAAUGGGGUGUGUGAACAGUAGCUACAUAAUAUAUUUUUUUUUACCAUAACUUCUACACAAACAUCCCAGGAUGCUCUGCUCUGAUUUUGAGAUUCAUUCUCUGACAUAUCACUCCAGACAGUAUUGUAUUUAGUGGACAAGUCACUCUAAAGUUCAGUGUUUUCUUGUGUAACGAGCCCUCUUUCCUCUUUAUUGACUGUUUGUUUGACCUUUUUAUUGAGGACAGUAUUGCACUUUCCUUAGAUGAGGAGGCAUUCUCAUUUUUAACUGAUAAACAUAAAUGAAGCUUAGAGAUUCGAAGAAAUGAAGAGGAGAGAGGUGGGAAAACAGUGCUAAUAGUGGCCCCUCUUAAGAUUGGAAAGGCUAACUGGGUAUUUGGGUGGCAUCUGUUUUUGUACAACCAUUUUGUGCACCGUGCAUUCUGUUUUUUGUUUUGCAUUAAGACCCACUGUAUUAUAGCGAGGAGUGUAAAUAGACCUAAAAGGAUGUACAUAUUUAUGUGAUUUUCUGCAAGAUUGAUCUUCACACUGUUGUAUUUCAACAUGGCCACCAGCAAGCUUUGUGGAUAGCAGUGUAAAAAUUAAAUGGAAAAAAACAGACACUGCCUUAAUGUUUAAAUAAAAAGCUUAUUGCCAUUGA